ACGAUUGGUCGGUUUCAUACCUUAAUCCCGCCCUUUAUCUUAGGCUAAACGAACAAGGCAUUUCGUCAUUUCCGUCAAAUAAAACGGAAACGGGCGAGUUCACGAAAGAGAGAAAAGCGGCGAGAGGCGAUGCUUGGACGAAAAAAAAGAAUCAAUUAACUUCACAAAAAAUACUUAGGAACUGUUUCUGGUGCUUUCUUCAUCGACGGAAGGCCCACAACAAUGUCUGCCCAAGCUCAAAUGAGAGCUUUGCUCGACCAGCUGAUGGGAACAGCGAGGGAUGGCGAUGAGACGCGGCAGAUGGUCAAGUUCAGCGACGACCGAGUCUGCAAAAGUCAUCUUCUGAACUGCUGUCCACAUGACAUCCUGUCUGGAACUCGUAUGGACCUGGGAGAGUGCACGAAGAUCCAUGACCUGGCUCUUCGGGCAGAUUAUGAAAUUGCUUCCAAGGAUAGAGAUAUGUUCUUUGAACUUGACUCAAACUCAUGGUUUUUCAUCUGCUUAUUUCAUAGGACCAGAUCACGCAGCAGAGAGCCGAAAAGGUCCCGUUCUCGUGAACGCAAAAAGAAGCGCUCACGCUCCACGUCACGAGAGAAGCGGCGCUCGCGCUCCCGCUCCAGAGAGAGGAGGAGGCGGCACCGCAGCCGCUCCACCUCCCGCAGCCGAGGACACCGCCACAGCCACGAGCAGAGCUCCAGACACAAGUCGUCCCGGGACCGAGAGCGCUCCUCCAGAGAGCGGUCACGGGAGCGGGAGAAGAGGGAGGGGGUGAAGAGGGAGGGGGAGAAGAGGGACGGGGUGAAGAGGGAGGGGGUGAAGAGAGAGGGGGAGAACGGCCGGUCGGACUCCCGCCGGGGGGAGGACCGGGACACGGGGGACCUCUGA